AUGUGUAAUUGGUUGUCUCUUUCUCCAAUGAAAAAAAUGUGGUAAUCGUUGCUUUCGAUUUCUAAAAAUUGAUAAAAUGUUAUGAGGGUCAAUCUAGUGCGGCCAGGCAGUAUACUAAAGAAAAUUGUAGCCCAUAUUUUCAUUCGAUCAAUUUGUACUGGGCAGUGCCGGCACUCAUUUUCAACCAUAUCUAUGUGUGCUGCGAAAAAAAAUGUAAAGCACCUAACUGCUAUUGAAGCUCAGAAUAUUGAUGAAGAGUUGUUCGCUUCUGGAGCUUUCAGCGUGGACCAGUUGAUGGAAUUGGCUGGUCUUAGUGUAGCCCAAGUUGUGUGGGCCGAAUAUGGGGUGAAAGUUGUUCCUAUAAGCAUUGAUGAAAGAAGUGAAGAUAAUAAUGUGCUUGUGCUUUGCGGACCUGGUAAUAACGGAGGAGACGGAUUGGUAGCUGCUCGCCAUUUAAAUCAUUUUGUCUGUAUAUUCAGCGCUGAAUGUUUUGCAGGAAUGCAGUGCACAGUCCAUUGCCCAAAACAACCCUCAAAAGAUCUGUUUAUUCGACUGGUCACUCAGGCGAAGCAGGCCAAUGUCAAUUUCAUUGCAGACUUGCCUGACACCUUGGACGAUUAUGACGUUAUCAUAGACGCUCUGUUCGGAUUCAGUUUCAAAGGAGAUCCGAGGCCGCCGUUUGACUCUGCUUUGAAGUUGUUGAAAAAGAGUGAACACAAGUCACAUAUUGUGAGUGUGGAUAUUCCGUCGGGCUGGAAUGUGGACUCCGGGCCAACUGGUGAUGACUGUUUCGUUCCUUCCGCCCUAAUUUCUCUAACUGCACCGAAGAUGGCAGCACAGAUGUUCAGUGGAACACAUUAUCUUGGAGGAAGAUUUGUCCCCUUCAGUUUAGCCCAAAAAUAUGGAUUAGAUAUUUCUUCUUUGUAUGAGUCAUCAGAUCAGAUUGUUAAAUUAAACUGAAAAUAAAUGAAUUUAUUAAGUAAUAAGCUUAAAAAAGUAAAUAAAAUUGUCUGUGU